CGCAAGUGAAUAGAACUCCCAACGUGAUCAAUUGAGGGAACGAACAAGAAGAAGAAGAUGUUGCGGCUUCUGCAACAUUGUUCAGCACUAGUGCUCUUAUUCAUGAUUCUCCUGGCUUCUACGGCGCCAUACGUAGUCCUCGCUCAAGCUCGACUACGUUUCCCAUUAAGCGAGCCGCCGAACGACCUUUUGGCUGCCUUUCCUGAUAAAUUUGCGCAUCAUCCGACAACCUCCCGACGCUUGAAAAGUGACCUUUUCAGCUUUCUCACCUCUAGCGAGUUCUGUGGAAGCCACUACGGCUCGGAUGUGGUGGAAGAUGGGGAUGACAAGGAAGUAGGAGGUAGAGGUGUUGGAACGACGAUUAUAGAUUAAGGCGCGUUUCUUUGGGGGCCUAAAUUUUCUCAACUUUCCACUAUGAUUCAAGAUGAGCGAUCCAUCGUGAGAAACACACAUUGCUCAAGAUGGAUAAGAAUCGCAUAGACUGACAGAGUUAGUUAGCUCGUCUAGGGUAGGAAUGACCACCAAAGACGGAUGAUGAUGAUGAUCUUCUAAGUAGAGCUGGGAUGCCAUCAUGGGCAUACUAGUGCUAUUCUCGCUAGUGCCCUGAAGAUGUGCAAGGGAAAGGAAGGAAAACUAAUCCUCAUCGACAAAGAAGUCUCGCAUUUGCGGAAAAGCGCGAAGACAGUACGUGAAAUCGCAAAGAGUACACGAGAGGCACUUGGCGGUGACACCAAUAGUGGUAUCCCAGAACCGGCACUGUUACGCCUAGACUCUCUUCGAACCGAGUGGGCUGCGAUGUUGGAAGCGGAGCGAGGAAACAUUGGGCUCAUUUUGAUCGAUGGAAAUCACGAUGAAAGCUAUGUAUGGUUCGGGGGGAAGUAUGAAAAUCUGUAGGUUACAAAUACAAUUUGAUUUUCAGUGUUAAUUAGAGUUGGUAGGCCUAGAAUAAUUUUUAUUUUAUGCACUGUUCUCUUUGCCACAAGCUUAUUUUAUGAUUUUUGUUCUGCAUCAUGCUCCUGAGCAACCUGACCAACAUCGUCAAUUUUCAUCACCCCAUUUUCAUCCUUCGUGCGUGCCGAUGCCGAACGUGCUGUCGCAUUGAAACCUCGCUUCGUCCUUUUCGACGAUGCUCUUGAACCUGGGGUGAGAACGGUGAUCAAGUCUCUGUUUGACCCACUGCGCAACGUUUUUUCUGACUGUUGGGAUAUUGGCUGGCGGAGAGGAUGGACAAAGUUCUUUGCUGACUCCGACUUCUCAGCAAAGGAAGGCGUGGGCCUGUUCGGCUUGGGAGCUGAUUACUUCCACGACAAAGGUACAACUAGUGCAACUCCGGAAGCAGCAGAAGUAGAGACAAGGAGUAUAAUGGCCUCGACUUCUGUAGAAGAGUCCGCUUUCAAUGAAGAAGAUUCUACGACAAUAUCGCCGUUCGGUCUGACAGCCGCAUUGUGGGGCAAGGCAGCUCUGGCUUCGUCUACAUCAAGAAGCGGCAUUAUCAGUGUAGUUUUCGAUGGAAAUCUGACAGUUUCGGAGCUGUUUCAACCUGUGGCAGCACUUGGUGCUAGUGACGCAACAUCAGCAUCUGGUGAAAAGAAGACAUCAACUACAUCGAAGCUAGUGCGUGCUAUGAUCCCCAACGACGAUAUUUUGCGAUGGAAUCUGGAGGAACCUGGGAGUGAGGCAGUAUUGUGUAAGGUGAACCAGCAGUAUGACGAAGAUGAAAUAAGACCUUCUAGACCAGGUAGGAGCGCUCCUCCUUCGGAUCUUCAGGAUAGGAAUGACGUAGUCAGCAAGGUCACAGCAAGUAGUCAGCAAGGUCACACUGUUGAGAUGGUGGAGUUACCUCGGAGUUUGUGGCUGCUGGCUGGUUCGGAGGAAGAGGGAAGCCCUGUAGAUGAUCAGGGUCUCUCAACUGAUGAGCACCUAGGCGACCCUCGAGACGUGCGACAGCUGCGUGUGUUGCGGUCUGCUGCAGGGAAAGGUGAAGAUGGCGCACGAACAAGGUUAAGGCUACAAAGAUCUGAGAAUUUGAAUAGAGAAUGAAAUUAAGAUGGGACUUCAGGUGCAGCUACAACUUACUCACCUUCUAACAAAAGAAGCCGCUAUUUCCUACGACGGCCAACUAACAGGAAGGCCAGACCAAACGCGCGUAUUCGCUCUCCUAGAUUCCGAUUGGCUUAAUCACAAGCUAGACGCUGUAAAAGUCGACGCUCAAUUAUGGCUCUAUGGAGACAAUUCUGUCUCUUGCACCCUUCCCGGUUUACGACCGAAGACUUUACUUGCGAAGUACUUACCCGAAGGCGCAGUCUAUGACAGUACCAACAAGCCUAGACCAGUUAUUCUCUUUCCGCCAGACUUGGACUCGAUAGCGUUCAGCAUAGAGUGGAAUGCAGCGAGAACGGCCUUUAGGAUGGACCAACUAGACGUGAUAACUGGAGAAUACCAACACACAAGCUACGUUUGCAUUUUGUUUGAUCUGCUGCUAGGACCUAUUCGGGAUGCAGUUAGCGAUUUUGUGUGAAAAAUGAUGAACAUGGUACUAGCUGUAGACAUCGCUGUUUAAGAUCACUACAGCUCACCAAUUAUGAAGUCGCAUUGCUGCAUGAGUAAAAUGGUCUCAUCACGUUAAU